GAAAACAUUUGAAAGAAAAAAUGGCGGAAAAACAGAGCGACUUACAGCAAGAAAGCCGCUUGACUGGAAUAUUAGCUGUUUCUGUGGAUGAGGUCGCACCUGUAAAUCGCAAGCCCAAACGCUGUUCUUCUUCAGAAGCCGACAUGGCUCCUCCUAACAAGUCGCCACGUACAGAUGACAUUAAGUCGCAUGUGAGUCGACCAGACGCUCCGGAGGUUCGAUCAGGAACGAAUGGACUGGAGAUGCGAUCCGAAAACACAGAGGAGGCAUCUCAGAGUCCACCGAAACGGAGGAAGUCUUACAGAAGAGCCUCACUUGCCCGGCGAUCACUUGCUUCUCUUCCUAAGCCCUGUCAGAAUGGAACACUGGAUAAAUUAAUGGAGUCCUCAAUGAAGAUGGCAGUCAAAAGACUACAGAACACCCUCCAGUCAGUUCCAAAUUCCUCAAUGGAAUCUUUUCAGAAGCGAGUUGACAGCAUCACCAGAGAGUGUGCUUCCCUGGCUGACACUAUCAACAGUGAGGUACAGAAUGAAGAUCCACCAGCAAGACCUUGCGAUCCCGCUGUGCAGAAGUCUAUGGAGAACAUGCGGAAGGCCAUCAACUUGCUCAAAGCUGAGAGCAACUCUUGGCAGGUGUUACUGGACCAACACAGAAGUAAAGCCAAUGACUUGCAAAAGAAAGUAGCCGAGGCUCCUCAGAAAACUGGAUCUAUAGACUAUACAUCGAUAUCCUACUCUUCACAGUACCAACUAAUCAAGGAUAAACCAAACUACAGUGCUGUCCUCACCCGACCACAGCCGAUGCUUCAGACAAUGGAAAUGAUUAUGGACACUCAAAGUAAGAUGUUGAGAGAGCUCCUGUCAAUCGAGCAGCAGGCACAUCUUAUCGUAAAAGAGACCAGUGUUCGAUUAAGAACUGCAGCAGGGUUCCACGAGCUUCCCCAUGUCCCUAUGAUGAAACUCCUGGGAGGACCCUCACCACCUGAAGCCCCGUAGUCACUCAAACUUGGUUCAUGUAUAUACUGCAAAUCUCCAUGAUACCUUUGCUUCUCAAGACUCUUCCCAUUCAGAGACUGUUCUAUUUGAAAACUGGUGUCUGAAAUAGAAAUGACUGCCCGUGGUGUAAUUCAUUUUUGAACCACCUGGUGGCGGUAGUCCGCUAUUGAAUAAUAGCAAAGGUGUUGAAGUUCUGACUGAUCAAAUGUCUAGUCUACAUAAACUUCAGAGAGAUGUUUUAACUACGAUUAUUAUAUUUGCUGUGUCCACGCUUUUAUAUCCAGCAUUUGUUUCCUCAACCACUCCUCUCUUAUGGACUGAUAAAUGAAAAGAUUCAUAAGCUAGAUAGAAACCUAAUGACUACAUUCAUCCUUUUUCAAGGUAGAACAUGUUUGGAAUGACUUCUAUAAUGGCAGGAAUACUUAUUGCCAUUAAAAUAUAUUGGAAAAAUGUACAGGAUAUCUUUGUCAAAACAUUUCUAAGGCUCUUUAUUUUAUUUUUUUAUUUUUAAUUGGCCAUCUUGGAAACUACAGUGGUUGAUUUCCAUUCGCUAUUGUAUUUGUUGAGACCCCUGCAGUCAUUCCAUUUGUCUCAUGCAUGCUCAUCUGAAGUCAUCUCCUUUGGUGCUGCAUCUAUUUCACUAUCUUGGUGUCCCCUGACCAGGAGGACUCGGAGAAAGCCCCUCCCCCAUAGUGACUCACCCCCAUCUCUCGCAUUUGGCUGGGUCACUGAUGCAGAACGAAGCUUUGACAUUGUACCAGUCAGUCAAAGCUUUGUUUGCUAUCACUCUGGUAUCAUAAACCGUUUACUCAUUGCUGUUUGAAGUCCCAUUUAUUUUGGUGAUUAGUGUAGGAAGAUACCCCUGUCUUCAUUAACUGCAAUUAGCACGAAUGGCUUUCUCUGUCAUCGAGGCGUCAUCUAAAACGUCUUGUUAUUGUGCAUGAUGAAAAGGACCAGAGUGUGGGGAGAGGCAUGAGAGAAGACAAGUGGGGUUAUGACCAGGAGAGCUGUGAGUAAAGGAGAUUGGCGCACAGCAGGAGAGAUCGAUUCUUAUUUAGAUGAAAAUGAGGCUUGAUGCUGUUGGGGUGAGGAGGGCAGCUCAAGCAUCCAAAUGAAUAGAACUUUCCCCAGAAAUCAUCCUCUAAUGAGUAACCAACAAUAAAACAAGUUUACAAAGCUAA